GCCGUGGUGACAAAUGCAAAUCACGAACGUACUAUAAACUUGCCCAGAAACCAACAAGGCUCCGUUUAGUCUUCUUGGUAUCGCCUGUCUGUAGCUGUAGUGCCUCACUAGUAAACUCGCCGUCUAGUCGUCUAGAUCCAUGAUUUCCUAAAUAGGAAAAUGGUGACGAUUGUUGCUUAUGCGGUCAGAUUAAUAAGAAGGAUAUUAUGAAACAAUGCGCGGAGGGUUUAAAGAAUUAUAUAUAUAAGAACAAGAUUGAAAUACUUUAAACGUUCUUACUAUAGCAUCUUAAGAACUGUUAUGGCCCUGAGGACCUUGAGGAAUUUGAAUCGAAUCAAGACAAUGGCUUUCGUACCGACAUCCAGAUCCGAAGUCCAAACGUGGCUGGACAGAUUUCUUGCCAUCAACGAUACGCUCGAUGUGUCUAAGCUCGAUACCGUGUAUACGAAGAACGCAACGGUGAAGUUCGGCAACCGACCUAUCAUACAGGGACUCGAAAACAUCCAAAACUUCUUCGUUCCAACUUGGAGUAGAGAAGAGCUGAUGCAUCACGAUGUCGACAGCUUCGACAUGAUCGACAAUAGAAUUUACCAGGAAUGCCGUGUAACGUGGAAGGUCAAGAAUGACCCGGAGAAGGAGACUAUUGUUCUCUCAGCUAUUGCAGUUCUGCACUUGGCCACGACUGGCGAGGAGAAGGGUCUCGUUAGCCAUGCUGCGUACUACAUGGACGGAGCUCCGUUGAACGCCGCACUUAAACGAUCGCCUUGAAUUUGGGGAUAGAGGAACAGGUUGUACACUAGAAAAAUAGAAGCCAAGUAUUGUUGUUGGAAGUUUGUGAUAGUGGCUGCUUGACGGCUUGAUACUAUAGGAUGUGGCGUAAACUGGGGAUGGUAUUGGUCUGAGUGAUUUAAGAAAAAAACGCCCCGAGAAGUUGAGUAACUCCGAAUAGAUAUUAUGUGCAUAAUGUUUCGGAUUUCCUGUAAAGUCCCCGGCCAUGAUGUAGAAGAAGUUGAGUUCUACAUUCUCGGCGACUUGUAUAAAAAUACAUGAACCCCACCUACCAAAACAGGUAUUACCCAUAAUGGAUUAGCUCGCUUCUGAUAACCACCUAGGAUUGAAUACGAUAAGAGAUAGCUUUGGGUAUCGAUUAUCAUUGAUUGGCUGUAGCUUCAAUGGACCCCGCGAGGCUUGCUGUAGCCUUUUCCCAAAA